AUGAUCUCCAUCACCGAGUGGCAGAAGCUCGGUGUGGGCAUCACUGGCUUCGGCAUCUUCUUCAUCCUCUUCGGAAUACUCCUGUACUUUGAUUCGGUGCUCAUGGCCUUUGGAAACCUGCUGUUCCUGACCGGCCUCUCCUUCAUCAUCGGGGUGAGGAAGACGUCAGCCUUCUUCUUCCAGAGGCACAAACUCAAGGGCACCAGCUUCUUCCUGGGGGGCGUGCUCCUGGUGCUCAUGCGCUGGCCGCUCCUGGGCAUGAUCUUGGAAGCCUAUGGAUUCUUCUGCCUCUUCAAGGGUUUUUUCCCUGUGGCCUUUGGCUUCCUGGGUAAUGUCGCCAACAUCCCCUUUCUGAGUGCGCUGUUCCGGAGGCUUCAAGGCACCAGUUCAAUGGUCUGAGCCACAGAGAUGAGCUCCUUGAACUUGGAUCACAGGCGGAGGGAGCUGGAAGGAAAAUGGGGGCCACCCCC